AGUGCUUGCUGUUGGAUUUCUUGGGGUGUGGAUGCCAAGCUCAAGCGUCACACACACACAAAUCGAUGCCGCGGUGUAUAUCACGUGAUUAUAUAUGUUGCAUUCGAGGAUUGGGAUUGGAAUGAGAUUCGUGGACGUCCGAAGAGCAAACCUAACGAGUGCCUAAAAUACACGUUUUCGGAUCGUGUAAGGCAGACUUGAGCCUGCUGCCUAAGGAUGGUAAUGUAGCAGGGGAGGAUGAGCUGCAUGACAGACUUAAUCUUCUGAUACAGGAUACAGAAGCUGAUAGAUCACUAUGGAGCCUUUCAGAAUAAUUCCUACCAGGCGAUGGCUGAGAAGCAGCAAGAAAGCCCAAGAGGUGAACGAAAAAGGGGAUCAACUUGGGAUUCUUGGAGCUAAGCCUAAGGCUGCCAGCCCGCAUCCAGAUCCCUCUACCUUGGCAAAGGAAAUGGAAGAGUUUGAAAAACUAAUGCAGCUUGGCUCUACUGAAGGGGAUGAUGGUUCAGAUGCGAAAGACACACACAAGAAUGAAAAAGCAGAGAAACCUAUAAAAGAAGCAGGAGAUAAAUAUGUUCCUGACCAACCAACCACAUCUCUAGAACCUUACGAACCAACACAGCCAACAGCAUCACCAGUGAUUCCUACCAAUGUUCGACAGACCUCUAAGUCACCUGAAGCAUAUGAACCAGAUGAACCAACUCCAGUUGAUGAGGUGUACACCCCUGAUCAACCAACUUCACUUCAAAGUUCUGAUCCAUACGAGCCAGAGCAACCGACUGAUGAGCCUAUGGUUGUAGAGGACUCUGAUAUUUCUGCUAGCGCCAAGAGAGAAGAAUCGGAAGUAGAAGCUGAUAUGCCCCAACUUCAGUUAGAUUCGGUUAGCUCUGGUUAUCAUGGACAAGUUGAAAAGGGAGGGGAACAUGCUGCUAGGGAAAACACAGAUUCAACACCAGCUGAAAGUGUUCCUAAACAUGAAGGAAAUAAAUCUGAACAAGAAAAUCUUCUUCCUGAAGAAUGGUUACGGAAAAAGGAGAAAAAGAAAAAGCAUGGCAAGCACAAAAAACCUCUGGUCGAAUGGCGGUUGGGAGUUCUCAGGAAAGAUUAUGUCAUCAAAGAUUUCAAAAGCUUUCCUGUUGAUGAAAAGUUAAUGGCUACAACAAAGCAUAAAUGGAACAAUGAGAGUGAAGUGGAACACCUGAAAGUUCUUCAUUCAGGGGAUGGGAGCCAAACUGACACCUCUGAAGUAUCGGGUAUGACUUCACCUGCAAUCGCCCAAAGUGACAGUGAACUUGAAAGUGAGCAAAAUACAAGUGGUGAAAUUGAUGCUAUUGGAAGAGCAGCUGAAGAAAAUACACUUGAAGGUGAUGAUAGUAUUCAUAGUUCAAAGGACAAUGCCAUUGUGCAUGCAGAGUCUAAAUGUGCAGAUGAAGAAAUAAAGAAGGGAGAAUAUGGUGAAACAGGAAAUGUGAAAGAGAGUGCUGUACCUGAAAAAGUGCAGUCAAGUUCUGUCCUUGAUGCCCAACUUGAAAAAGAUACCAGACUCGAUUCUGUCGAGAAAAGUGAGGACUUAGAUGCUAAAAAGAAUCAAGAAAAACAGGAAGUUCAAACAACUGGUAAAGAAGAAAAAAAGAUCAAGUCAGAACCAGAAGAAAGUUCAAAUAGAAGAAGCACAAGGCAAUCAAGCCGGAGAGCAAGAAGAGAUUCAGGUGAGAAUAAAACGGAUACUGAUCAGAGAAGUGAUAAAAAGGAUGAUGACUCUGGCCGAAGAAGAUCAAGGAGAACUGAAAGACAUAAAGACGAUUCAGAUGAUGAGAAGAGAAAAGAAUCUGAUAGAAAUAAAGCAGAAUCAGACAGAACUAGAAAUGAAACUAGGAGACGCUCGCUGAGAAGAGACAGAUUUAGGGAUAACUCUGAUGAUGAAAGAAGAGAGGAAAGUAGAGAGGGAAGGCGAAGAGGGAGGAGUGACAGCCGGGAAAGAAGGGAAAGAAGUAACAGUAGAGAAAGACGGAGGUAUAGAGAUGAUGAUGACAGAUAUGACAGAUAUGAUAGAGGACGUAGGACGAGACGUAGUGACAGGAGAAGCAUGGACAGAACUGACGACCGGAGGUCUAGGGAGGAUGAUCGAAGAAAUGAAAGAAGUUUAUCAAGGGAGCAGGAUGAAAGGAGGAGAAAGGAAAAGAAUGAUAAAGAUUUGAAGAAAGAAGUGGACAAAACCAAGGAGGAAAGUAAAGUAACUGCAGAGAAGAGAACCGAAAAGGCUGAUUUAAGGGAUGAUGACAAGUUGCAAGGGAAAGGUAAAACUGAUGCAAAGAUAACGGAAAGUAAUACUGUUCCAGAAAAGGACCAAAAUAACAAGCAGAAUACUUCGAAUAAGGCUACCGGGAGAGUACCCAUUAAAUUUAAUUUCACAUCAAGGGCAGUUCGAAGAAGCACUCGCAGUGCAGUCAAAGCAAAGAGUGGAGUAUUCGAAGAUGACGAGGACGAGGAUGAAAAACCACUCUCAGAGUUGCAGAAUUUAUGUGAUGAGAAGGAAGCUAAAUCUUCAAAAUCAGAACCAUCAGAGGAUAAAGCUCCAGCUGUUACUCGCAGUAAAAGUCGAGAAGGUUAUCCAGUUGAAGAACCAACGGAAGUCAACAAAGUCAGUCAGAUAACCUCUGUUCCUUGUGAAACAGGCACAUCAACCAGAUCCAAAAGCAGUCAAAAAGUAGAAAAUCUGUUUGAGAUCACACUCAGGAAGGAAUCUAAAAAAGAUCAUGGAUCGGAAUCGGACAGUGGUGCAGAAUUGAGUCUGAUGGGUCUAGGAGAGGCCCCCAGUCUUUAUCCCGAAAGUAUUCUUGAAAGUCAGGUUGAAAUGGAACUCUUAGCAAACGCAUUUUCCUCCACUGAUACAGAAGCAGAGAUAGAAAUUGAAAAAGUGUUCUGUAAGAAAAUCGAAAAUGAUACUAAUGCAAAGGAAGAAGAGAGUUCACCAAAACAAGAAGACAGAGUGGUAGACUCUAGGAGUGAAAUUGUUGACAUGGAAGUUGAGGAGGAACAGCAUGAUACCAGUACUAUUGAAGUCCUUUCACACCCACAGUUAUCAGGUGUGGAAGGUACAGCUAAUGAUUCAAUAUCAACUGAUAGUCAUAAUAAUACAGAGAACAGAACUUUUACUGAAGAGGUGCCAAUUAUUCAAGGAGACCAAACCAAUACAGAUGACAAAGAGUUAAUCAAUAGCCAUAGUCCUCAGCAGAAUGGGAAAACUUGUUCUGAAGAAUUGCCAUUUGCUUCAGAAGGACAAACCAGUUCAGCAAAUAAUACAAACCUAAUUGAGCAUCCUCAGGAGGUCAGUAGAACUUGUUUGUAUAAUGCUCCACUUGUAUCAGAAAAAGAAAAGAGUUCAGUGAACAAUGCAAAGUUGAUUGAUAUUUUUGAUAGUCAAAGUCCAUGUGAAAAUAUUAGAACUUGCUCUGAUGAAGUACCCACUACUUUAGACGAACAAGAAAGUACAGUGAAGGAUACUGAGUUGAUCGAUAGUCAGAGUCCUCUGGACAUCAGUGAAGUUCCAGGUCCUUUUGAAGAAAAAACCAGUACAGAUGAUACUAGAAAAUUGAUAGAUGACCAUACUCUACAGGAUAAUGAAAGAGCUUCUAAAGACAAGGCGUCGGGCAGUAUCAAAGAAAAAUCGAGUUCAGAAAUUGAUGUAAAUGGAAGACAGGGUCAAAAUGAAAUUCUUCAGAACAGGGAUAUUGAUGUUGAUAAAAUGUUGAAUGUUCCAGAGAUCAAAAUAGUACCCCCUCCCGAUGAAACCCUUGACCAAGCUUGCUCAGAAGCAGCAGGUGAAAGUACAGAAGUAAAAGAAAUUGAGACUGCAAAUACAUUAUUAGAAACUGAUCAAAGCGAUACUGAGAUUGUCUCACCGUUGAAGGCAAGAGGCUCGAAGGAGCAUGAAGAUGACUAUACCAAAACUGAAUCUGAAUCUGAUGAUGCAAUGACAUUGGAGGUCAUUGACCUAAUGGCUGGUACAGCAUACACAACGUCAAAGGUGUCUGUUGUCUUACCACCUGGAAAUUCUGAUGCUGAUGCCAAAAUUGAAGAUAUCUCAGAAGCAAUUGUAGAUAAUGAGGCGAUGUCACAUGAACAGAAUGUAACAAUUUUGGACAAAGUAAUGGCAGCGUCGUGUCCUAUACGUCCACCUAGCAGUGAUACCAAAUUUUCUGAUGGUAACACCGAAUGUAUUGUUCUUGACCACAGUACUAGUGAACAGAUUGUAACCGUCCAGAAGUCAAGUGCAGAAGUUUCUUCAGAAGUUAUGCACAGUAGUGAGAACGUCAUGCCUUUCACUGAGGUUGUUAGUACAUAUCUUCCAUCUGAAAAGCCUACCAUAGAAGUAUUCAACAAAGAAUCUGCCAUGAAUGAGGAUGAAGUUUUGGAAGCAAAUGUACCAUCCUCAAACAUUGACUCUGCCAAAAAUGUUGAAACAAGUAUCGGGAUUGUACCAUCUCUCUCUGAAGAAGGCACAGAAAUUUCCAGUACUCAAGAAGCUGUGACUGCUAUUACUGACCCACCAACAAGACAUAUCAUCCAAGAAGGGCCUUCAGUUAGUAAACGUAAAAGGAAGUCUAGGUGGGAGGUGGUUAGCACAGAAAUCCCUUCAGAAACUCCACCUCAGAUGGCUGUUAAUGUAGACCAAAGCCAACAAAAUAAGCCAUCCUUGAUUAACAUGACCGGUGAGCCAGUAUUGCAGACAGAGGCAAAAGCUGAAGAAAGCAAAUUGGCCCCAGUUGAAGCCCUCAUUGGAGAGGAAAUUAGCAGUUCUCCAAGCACCAUUCAAAUUCAACCAUCAGAUGUUAGGCUUACUGUGGAUUCCUCAGAGGUGGAAAGAGAGAUCUCCCCGACAAAGAAAGUGAAGGUAGAUCCUGAUGCAACUAUUGGUGCAACUGCUGACUACUCUUCUGGCCAAGAUGGCAGCACUUCUAACUUGAUUCUUGACGCAGGAGAGAGCAAGAUGGAUGCAACAUACCAUUCUCGUGGACUGGACCUUGAGGUGAACGCAGCAGGAGAUAAUCAGGCAGUGAUCAAACCUGAAGAUUUUGUUGAAAAGGAAGAAGCUGGCAUAAUCAUGGAAGAAAGUAAAGACACAGGAGAAGUUACCAAGCCAGAACCGGGGACAGAGGAGGAAUCAAUGGAAGAAGGAGAACUGGAUUCUGAUGUUAAGGAGGAGAUGACGGAGAAACCUUGGGAUGAUAGCACAGGGAUCGAACAAGGAGAAAUCAAAGAUGACGGUGAUGAGGAAGUUGAAGAUAGUCGGGAAGAAAGGCCCAGACGCUCCAGCGAAGACAAGGAGAAUACACCUUUCGAUGACUACUGGGCCGGGGAUGGAAGGAGAGAGGUCAGGGAAAGACCAAAGGAGGAGAGGAGGGAGAGUCGUGAAGAGAGGCAGAGACGUCAGUACCAGGAGUGGGGUAUGGUUGAGAGGAGCAAGAUGCCUCGCUUUUCAGAGUUGACUGAGAAUUACUACUUGACAGAAAGGCGAAGAUCAAAAGCUGGUAAGGAAGCAAGGAGAAUGGUAUGCUGCUGUACAACAUCUAGAGAGGAAAGAAGGCGUGGCAUCCAGGCUUGUGGGGAAGAUUGUCUCAACAGAGUUCUCAUGCUUGAAUGUGGGUCACGAUGUCCAUGUGGAGAUUACUGUACCAACAAACGUUUCCAAAAAAGAGAACAUGCCCGAGUUGGAGUUUUCUAUGCAGAAGGAAAAGGGCAUGGUUUAAAAACAAAAGAAGAACUAAAAGAAAAUGAGUUCGUAAUGGAAUAUGUUGGAGAAGUUCUGAACUUCCAUGAGUUCAAGCAUCGAGCCAAGCAGUACAGCAAAGACAAGAACUUACAUUUCUAUUUCAUGGCGCUCAAGUCAGAUGAGAUCAUUGAUGCUACUGAGAAAGGGAAUGUAUCUCGAUUCAUGAACCACAGCUGUGAUCCGAAUUGUGAAACACAAAAGUGGACAGUGAACGGUCAGCUUCGAGUAGGAUUCUUUACCAAGAGACAGGUCAAACCUGGUGAGGAGCUUACAUUUGACUACCAGUUUGAAGUUUAUGGUCAGGAAGCUCAGAAGUGUCUUUGUGGAUCUGAUAAGUGUAGGGGUGUGAUUGGCAAACAGAAGAAACAGAAGGAAGGCAAAGAUACAACACCUAGGAGAAGAGGGAGUGUUGGAGAGAAGCGAAGGAAAGAAGCUUUUACAGAUAUCACAUUGGAAGAUGAAAUUCAACAGAUGGUUGAUGAGUUAGAUGAAUGUGGAUUACAGUCCAAUGACCACACUAUUGCACUAUCAAGGUUCAUGGUGAGAGCAGAUCAACCAAAACAGAGACUUGCACUUCUUAAAUUGCUACAGGAAACGACUGAGCAGACUUACCUGAAAUACUUCCUAUUCCAUCAUGGUCUCAGGCUGAUCUGGAGCUGGAUGGUGGACUUGGGAGAUAACCCUGCUGAACUUCAAAUGCAGAUCCUCACUACCUUGGCCAAGCUUCCUAUUCCUAACAAGAAUGCAUUAGAAGACAGCAAGGUUCUUUCUGUUAUUGAAAGGUGGGCAAGAGACUUUGCCAAGCAAGGACCAACCCAAGAAAUGAGUUCUGUUACCAAGGCUGACAGCGACGUUGACUCGUCAAGUGCAAGUGAGACACCCUCACGCUCUGAUACGCCAAUCUCAGCUGCCAUGGCAUCAAGCAUGAGUACCAAUAUGGAGAUGCUCAAAUCAAUUGCAGAAGCAACAAGUUCUGAAAGUGAUAUGGACAGUGAAGCACCUUCAGGACUACCGCUUGCGCUUCGGCAAAGGCUAGAAGUAGAGAGCACUGAAUCUCCGACAUCUACAGGUAGUGAAGAGGAACCCAUGGAGAAGCCAACAUCUAGUGCAGAAGAUUCCCAGAAUGAGCAACAGGGUGACGAGGCACAAGGGCAACCGGACUCUGCCUCUGACGCUGCGACUUCUAGUAGUGCAGUGGCAGAAUCAUUAAGCAAGGACAAAAUGGCUCUUGAAAGUGCUGUUGUUGAUAGCACAGAAGCAGGUCUUCAAGAUGUCAAUGACAACACUGAAGUUAGGACGCUUAAAUCGUUAGCUGCAGAUGCAGCAAGACAAGUGCAAUCUCAAAACUCUUCGUCUGAUGCUGAGACAGGCGCAGCGAUGUCACAAUCAGAGGAUAUCAUUAUUAUUAGUGAAUCCUCGGCAGCCAGUACAUCUGAAUCUGGAAACGGGACUUCAAAUGUUGAGCAGCCAUCAAGCAUGGUUUUAGCGGAGACUGAUAAUGAGGCAGAAAGCAAAACUGAUGAAGAUGAAGAGGAAGGCAAGUCAGAACUGGCCAACAUUAUUUCAUCUCUGUUGAGCUCAUGGAGUGACCUCAAAGAAAUAUAUAGGAUACCAAAGAAGGAGAGUGAAAAAGAUAGAGACAGGCAUCGUGAACAUGACAGGGAUAGGGAUCGCAGAUACGACCGUGAUAGAGACUAUGAUAGAGAUCGCCAUCGAGAUCGUGAUCAUGGAAGAGACAGGGAUAGAAAUAGGGACAGAGAUGAUAGGCAUCAUAGGGACAGAAGUAGAGAUGGUGAUCGAGAUCGCCAUCGAGACAAAGAUAGAAAAGAUAGGGAUAAAAGUGAUGAUAAAUCAAGAAGAAAAAGAAGUAGAUCCAACAGUAAAGAGCGGGAGACCAAGUCAUCUUGGUCAAAGGACUCUGAUGCAAAUGCAACACCUCCGAAGCUCAGGAAACCCUGGAAGGAUGCUAAAGGAAAAGAACCAAAGGAAGGAAAGGGAGUGGUCAAAGAGGAUGUAAAAAUUGAUAAGGACAAAGAUACAAAGAAAAUGAGUAAAGAGGAGAGAAGACAUUUGUUUGAGAUGCAGGUGGAAGCAAAGGAAAGGGAAGAUGCGGCUCGUAAAGAGCAAGAGGCCCUGAUGAUGGCUCAGUGGCAGGAGAGUGAGCAACAGAGACAGCAGCAGAUGGCUCAGUUCAUAGAUGUCAAUGGUUUUCCCAUGGACCCCAAUGCUCCGGGUAUGAUGGUCAAUGAGCAUGGGAUGCCCAUUGAGGUCAUACCUGGGCACAUGGAUGGGAUGCCGAUGGGGGAACCCUACAUGGGACAUCCAGACAUGCCGCAUCCUGACAUGCCCUAUCAUCCGGAUCACGUCCACCCAGACAUGCAAGGACAGUUUCCUGAAAUGAUGCAGCAACAUGAACACAUGGGCAUGGAGGAAGGAUACCACCAUCCUAUGCAUGAACAUCACAUGGCACCUCCUCACGAAGGACAGCCGAUGUAUGAUGAUAGCGGGUUUCCAAUCCCACCUCAGGAACAUGGGCCUCCAGGUAUGAUGGGUAUGCCACAGCAACACGAGGGGCUACUACCUCAUCCUGGUAUGGAGCAGAUGCACCCUGGUAUGGAGUACCAAAUGCACCCUGACAUGGAUCCUAAUGUAAUGGGACACCACCACCAUGAGCACCCUAGUAUGGACCCACACAUGAUGGGGCAACAUUUCCAGCCUAACAUGGAUGUUCAUCUCUUAGGGGGGCAGCCCCAUCCGGGAGACCCUAGUAUGUACACUCCACAACCCCAAAUGAUGCAACCUCCGGUGGAUGCAGUACCACCUCAGGAAGUGCAUGUGCCACAGGUUGUACCCAUUCCUGCUGCAGGACCUGCCCAGGUACCCAACCAACCAGGUCCACGUGAAGAAGAGCUGAUGCCUCCCCCUUCGUUGCCUGUCCCAACUCGCAAAUCAAAGAAGUCAAAAUCACAGAAGAGUGCAGCUAAGUCCUCCAAGAAGAGUCCUCCAUCUACUACCUACGUGGCCCCAGCUGCACCUGUCAGCAGUGCCAGUCCAGUACUACCUUUACCCUCAUCCAGCGUGGCUAGUGUAAACCCACAGAGUUAUGCUCCUGCUCAGGCUGCCCCAGGUGUUCUCCCAGUGGCCCAAGCACCCCAAGUCUUACAGACACCAGUACUACCUCAAGCACCACAGCAAGCUGCCCAGACAACCUUCACCUUUGUCACUCCAGAUGGCAUGUUGGUGACACAGACCAUUGUUCCUUUAGCUGCAACAGAGCAGGGCAUCUCUCAUGUUCAACAUCAGCAACAAAUGGCUGGAGUGCAACAACAACAACCACAGGUUACAGAGUCUAUUCCUUCACCCCCUGCCAAACCAAAGACUGCCAAGCUUCCUCCCAAGUGGAAGACUGCACAGGAUGCUGAGGGAAAAACCUAUUACUACCACUCAGUUACAAGGCAAACUCAGUGGGAGAUGCCGACGUGGGAGGAUAAUGAAGGUGAAAUGUAUGACGAGGAGGCUGGUGGUGGAUCUAAUACGCCAACCUAUGAUGAGAAGUCUAGACAGAAGACAACUACGGCUCCUGCUGAUACUUCCUCUGAAGCUGCCAAGAGACUCAAGGAGGCUUUCAGGUCAAAGAUGUCCCACCAUGUCGUUGGCUACCUCAAUGCAUACCGCAAGCCAGACUGUAAGAUGGGGCGCAUCACUAACACAGAGGACUUCAAGCAUCUUGCUCGGAAGCUGACCCAUGGCAUCAUGGCUAAAGAGCUGAAACACUGCCGGAAUAUCGAGGACCUGGAAGUCAACGAGAAUGUCAAACACAAGGCUAAAGAAUACAUCAAGAAGUAUAUGGGACGCUAUGGGAAGCUCUACAAGAAAGACCCAGCUGAUUUUGAUUUAUGAUGAAAUUUACACCUGGCUACUUGGCUUGAAACCCGUAGUGUUGGAAGAUGGCUUCAUCUAAUAAGAGAUGGUCAAGUGUAUGCAGGAUGUAGUGGCUGCUUAAUACGACUGAGGGUUGUAAGAGUUCUUACUGCUGAAUACCACAGCUGUAAUUGUUGUGUACCAACAUGUCAGCUUGUCUUUAGACCCUUUCAAUGAUGUUUCCAGAGAGGUUCUUAAAUCAUUGCUCGGUAGGCUUUUUGACCAAUACAACUGCAGUUUAUGGAAGAGUCAGCGGGAACCCUCUUAACAAUGAUCCUAAUGGGUACGUAAAUCGAACUCAUUUGCGUUUGCUUGUUCUUGGCAAUGUCAUUGUUGAUGACUACACAUUUUGGAAAAGGAUCGUAAUAAAAUGUGAGAUGAGAAAUAGAUGAUGAAAGACAUACACACACAGUCCAAUACACAUUUUUGUCUCACCUGCAUAGCAGAGUGAGACUAUAGGCGCCGCUUUUCCGACGGCGACGGCGACGGCGGCGGCGGCGUCAACACCAAAUCUUAACCUGAGGUUAAGUUUUUGAAAUGACAGCAUAACUUAGAAAGUAUAUGGACCUAGUUCAUGAAACUUGGCCAUAAGGUUAAUCAAGUAUUACUGAACAUCCUGCCUGAGUUUCAUGUCACAUGACCAAGGUCAAAGGUCAUUUAGGGUCAAUGAACUUAGACCAUGUUGGGGGAAUCAACAUCAAAAUCUUAACCUAAGGUUAAGUUUUUGAAAUGUCAUCAUAACUUAGAAAAUAUAUGGACCUAGUUCAUGAAACUUAUACAUAAGGUUAAUCAAGUAUCACUGAACAUCCUGCAUGAGUUUCACGUCACAUGACCAAGGUCAAAGGUCAUUUAGGGUCAAUGAACUUUGGCCGAAUUGGGGAUAUCUGUUGAAUUACCAUCAUAACUUUGAAAGUUUAUGGAUCUGAUUCAUGAAACUUGGACAUAAUAGUAAUCAAGUAUUACUGAACAUCCUGUGCAAGUUUCAGGUCACAUGAUCAAGGUCAAAGGUCAUUUAGGGUCAAUGAACUUUGGCCAAAUUGGGGUGUUUGUUGAAUUACAGCCAUAAAUUUGAAAGUGUGUUGGUCUAGUUCAUAAAACUUGGACAUAAUAGUAAUCAAGUAUCACUGAACAUCCUGUGCGAGUUUCAGGUCACAUGAUCAAGGUCAAAGGUCAUGUAAGGUCAAAGAACUUUGGCCACGUUGGGGGUAUUUGUUGAAUUGCCAUCAUAUCUCUAUAAGUGUAUUGGUCUAGUUCAUAAAACGUGGAAAUAAGAGUAACGAAGUAUCACUGAACAUCUUGUGCGAGUUAUAGUAGUUUUCAAAAUCAGCACUGCUGCUAUAUUGAAUCGCGUGAUGCAGGUGAGACGGCCAGAGGCAUUCCACUUGUUUCCUUGUCUAGUGCACUUCCACUGCUGAAGUUUCAUAAGAAUCACGCCUGAUAUUGCUAUUUGAGAUCUUGGUUGGUCCAGCUCAGCAAGAUCAUCUUUGCGAAUCUGCCAUGGUUGGCUUUGGUAUACCUUUAUUGACGCUGCCCUUGUACCUACACCAGUAUUAUGAAUGUGUCCUAAAAAAAAAAAAGAAAUAAGUAGGGAGCCAGAGCAUUGCUGAUUUGUCUGUUCAAAGUAGAUUUGCCCUCAUUACCAUGAUGGGCUACAUUUAUAAGUUACUAGGCCGAAUUUUAAGCAACUUGAUCUGGCCUAAUCAAGUUGAUAAAUCGGCAAUGGUAACCUAACAUAAGGUAUUUCUGGAGCAUAGGUAUACUUUCUUAUGCAAGUACAGAUAUUUGAAAAAGAAGCCGAAAUGGUAUUAUUAUUUGUUGGUUGUAAAAGAAUACUUGAUAUGAUUAUUUUAGUUGAAUCCUCACAUGUUUCAACAAGCAGCUUUUGAUUUACUGUGCUUCCGGCUGAUAAGAAAAAAACACAUUUCAAGGAAAUUCAAGCCCCAGCUAUAAUUGCACAAUUAAAAUCUCAGGUGAAUAUAUCUAGCCCUGUUGAAGAAUAAAAUUGUUAGUGUGAUUAUUCUAUUUAUGUUUGCAUUGACUUGUACUAGAUUAUUAAAAUAUCAAUUUUGUAAUUGUCAUGCUUUUCUGAAGUGUUUUGAAGACAUUGUGUCUAUGAAUUUUAUUAAUUUACAAAACUGCUUCAAAUUGAAAUAUGAAUAAUUGAGAUUCAUUUAACUUAAAUUUGUGAGUGCCAAAUCAGAAUUCUUGGUUAUGAUACAUAAUAUUUGAAAUUUGGUCUUAUGGUCCUAGUGAUCAUGAUCUGAUACUGUUUUAUUGUCUGAUAAAGUAUGCUAUUAGUUGACAUUUACAUGAUUGUCCUCUUAGCAGUUCUUGGUUUAAAAAAAAACACACAUAUUGACACUAUGAGGUUUCUCAUAAUCCUUUUCAGCAACAUAAUUAUUUUUAAACAUAUUGUACAAAUUGGUUUAGUUGUCAUGUAGUAUGCCUUUUUGAGAGAACUCUAAAAUUUCUGAGGAAGCGGUUAUAUUUGUGUAUUCACUUCAAUUUUAAAAACUGACUGAAAGCCUUUUCAGUCAGUUUGCUAAAGUGUUAUAUUGAAAAUUCAUUGGAAAUAUCUUCUUCUGAUGUCCUUGCACAGAUGCAAUUUAUAUGUGGAUAUGAACAUCGUGAAGACUACCCAUAUACCACAAAUUCUGAAUCGCAUUGUGCUUUUAUUUUUGCAAGUCCUGAAUAAAGUAUCUUCCUGUAUAUAACCAUUAUUACGAGAAUCAUGAUAAUAAUAACUGAUAAAGCAAGUAAAAAAAACCAAGAAAAUAUAUAUGAAUGUGAUUGAAGUGUUCCAAGUAAUGUCCAGUGAAAGAUAUUAGUGUUCAGGUACUAUCUGCUCUUCUCUAAAAUGGUACUGUUGUUGGAGAGGUAAAAGCCCUAGAGCUUGAAAUCAUGUUUGCAGAAAGGCAGACUACUAUUGCAUGUAUUACUCGGUCUAUCACUAGCUUUAGAUGUUCAUUACAUCCGAGCUGGAAACCUAUUUGAUUACACAUUCAGACAGCACACUGUAAUAAAUGAUUCAAGGGGCUUUGAUAUAAAGUACUUUCAUGUAAUACACUUUUCAGACCACAUUUGAUAUGAUGGAAAACCUGGCUUUCUUCCAAACCUAACCACACUUCAUUCGUUUUAUUCAAAUCCUAUUACAUUGCCCCCACUUUUCUUGGAGUAUUGGUAGUUGGUACAUCAUAAGAAUUAGUUAAAAAUUAACUUACAAUAGAUGCUUUGAUUAUUGUGAGAUGGAGUUCCUUUUGACCCAUCAUCCAUGCCCUGUUGAUUUAAUCACCUUGUGUACAUGUAUUUCUAAUGAGAAAGAUCUCUAGUGAAAUGGUACAUUGCUAUGUUCACUCGGCAAAUUUGUGACCUGUUUCACAGUUAUGAAUUGUUGUGUGAGCAGUGCUGUGUGUGUGUGAAAUGUAGGAUUUUAUUUCCCGCCCAGGUCCCCAUUGUUUUGGUCAACUCUGUGAUGACUCCUUAUGAUUAAUCCUUUGAAUUUGAAAAACAAAACAGUGGACUACAUUUGACUUGUGCAAAACUUGUACAUAUUGACAGCACAUUUGCACUGUAGUUCAGGUGUUAACAGAAGCAAUAUAUUAUUGCCAAUUCUCUUUGAGUAUUUGUUGUCUAUAUUUGAGAUUUAAUUGACUGUUUCUGUUGUAAACUACAGUUAAGAUGUUUUUUAUAUUGUUUAUAAUAUUGAAUAUGCAAGAGGAACUGAGAUCAGAUGAAAUUCUCUUGUCAUCAAGAAAAAAUAAAAUGAACUCUAUCAAAUUGUUAA